GAAGGUCAUGGAAUACCUCAAGUCCUCGAUGUUAAAAUGAAGUCCACAUUUCCUGCAGGACUCAAAAACUUUGAAGCUGAUGGAAUGCCUCAAGUUCCCAAAGUUAACAUAAAGUCCACGUUUCCUGGAGGAUUCAAAGACCUUGAAGGUCAUCGAAUAUCUCAAGUUCCCGAAGCUUCCACGAAUUUCACAUAUUCAAGAGGCGUUGAAGACCUCGAAUGUCAUGGAAUACUACAGUUUUCUGAUGUUCCCACAAAGUCCACAUUUCCUGAAGGACUCAAAGACCAUGAAGGUCAUGCAUUAUCCCAAGUUCCUGAUGUUUCCGAAAAGUCCACAUUUUUCGGCGGACUCAAAGACCUCGAAGCUCAUGGAAUACCUCAAGUUCCCGAUGUUAAAAUGAAGUCCACAUUUCCUGCAGGACUCAAAAACUUUGAAGCUGCUGGAAUGCCUCAAGUUCUUAAAGUUAACAUAAAGUCCACGUUUCCUGGAGGAUUUAAAGACCUUGAAGCUCAUGGAAUACCUCAAGUUUCCGAAGCUUCCACGAAUUCCACAUAUUCAGGAGGCGUCAAAGACCUCGAACACCACGGAACACUACAAGUUCUUGAUGUUCCCACGAAGUCGACUUUUCCUGGAGUUCUUAAAGACCUCAAAGGUCAUGGAAUACCCCAGGUUCCUGAUAUUCCCACAAAGUCCACAUUUCCUGGAGGAUUCAAAGACCACGAAGCUAAUGGAAUAACCCAAAGUCCAGAUAUUCCCACAAAGUCCACAUUUCUUGGAGGACUCAAAGAACACGAAGGUCAUGGAAUAUCUCAAGUUCCUGAUGUUUCCUCAAAGUCCACAUUUCCUGCAGGACUCAAAAACUUUGAAGCUGAUGAAAUGCCUCAAGUUCCCAAAGUUAACAUAAAGUCCACGUUUCCUGAAGGAUUCAAAGACCUCAAAGCUCGUGGAAUACCUCAAGUUCCCAAAGCUUCCACGAAUUCCACAUUUUCUGAAGGAUUCAAAGACCAAGAAGCUCAUGAUUCAAAGACCAAGAAACUCACGUAA